GGCACGCGUCUGAGAGCGCUAGCAUCAAUGCUACGCUAGCACAACUUUUGUCUCGAAUCUUUUGCUGGAUACCACAGCCUACGGCUGCAUCGCAUACCGCAAAUAAUUAGCAAUGAUGCGGCUCUUCAGCCUCGCAGCAUUUGCAGUGCUCUCGGCGGCGCUGCGUGCACCUCUGGGGCACCGCAGAGCCAGACCAGCACGCGCACGCCGUCGCUGCGCCGUCGUCGCGAUGGCUUCCGACCGUGUGGUCCUCGUCGCGGGUGCCGGCUGCCUCACGGGCCGCAGCGUCUGCAAUGAACUGAGAAGAGCACCGGGCGUCGACCUCGCCGCGCUCGCACCUGAGGAAUUGUUCCUGGCGACGAACGACGACGGUCGCACGCUCGCCGCCGACGCGCGGCCCUUUGCGGGCGGCUCCGUCGACGCGCUGGUGAUCGCGACGGACGAGGCGCCGGACGCCGACGACGUCGCGAGCCUCGUGAGUGCUGCUGCGGUCUCGGGCGCGCAGCACGUCGUGUUCUACGGCCGCAUCGGCAAGCCGAACGACGCGCUGGCUUUGAUAGGCGACGAGUCGAAGGCGUGGGCGGAGGCCGAGACGGCCUGCCUCGAGAACUGCGGCGACGCUGUUGCGACAAUAUUGAGAACAGGAGAAUUGAAGGGCGGCCCCUACUACCGGCUCGACGUGGACACGAUGCGCGCGCAAACGGCGGCCGUUGUGGACACGGAGCGCAGCAUAACCUUGGCGGCGGCCGACCCUAAGGCCAAGCAACAAGGAUUUGGGGGGUCUCGCUCGGCAGUAGCGAGGCUCGCGGCCGUCGCGCUGGACGCGUCGAAGAGUCGUAUUAUAGACGCGACGACGGGCGAAGGUGCGGCUCCCGACGAGGCGAGCCUUAAAGCGGCACUGGACGCUCUCCCACCUGCUGGGACCGUGAGCGAGGCGGCCGAAUUGUCGAGGGCCCUCGAGACCCGGACGACCGGGGAGCCGUUCUCCGCCUCCGUGCUGGCGCCCUGGACCGCGUCGCAAAAGCCGAAGGUUGUGAAUCCGCUCCUGGCACCGCCCGCCGUCUCGGGGCCCUACUGGGGCGCCAUCGCGCUGUUUGUCUGGGGUAGUUGGUUGGCGUCGCUGAACUGGAGCUGGUGCAACGUUCCGUUCGCCGUGGACCCCACUUCACCGUUUCAUUCAAGAUUCGAGCAGCUCGACACGUUGUGCGUCUGGGAUCCCGAUACAAGGACGGGGCGCCCUUCCGAAGCGAACGAUUUGUCAUUAGGCUACGAGACCGUCAUCAAGAACCAGAUCCGGCGGGUCACGGGCGACGAGACCGCUCCCAAAGCGAGGGCGAACGCGCCGAAGUCGUGGGAUAGGGUGGUUAAGUAGCGUGUUUGGGAG